AUUUUCCUUUUAAAUUUUAUGAUCAACAAUGGAAAUAUGUGGACUCUGUGUUAUCAUUAAUGGAGUACACACACACUGAUAAAAUCUGUGUAUGAUAAUCAAGGAUUUAUAGUGAUUGGGCGAUAAACUGUAUAUAUAUUCCUGUAUAUACCCGCAUAAUUUUUUUGCACACUUCAGUUGGCAAGUUUGUGUGAUGUUUCGACGGAUAAGAACACUUAUUAAUCGUCAUGUUUUGCAACAUCUUACUGUGAGGACAGUCGUAGGAGCUAUAGUUGUAUAUUGUUUAAUAAAAUCCCUCAAAUAUGGAGUUCUGUACUAUACGAAUUUAGAAAGGUUUUUUGUCAAGGUGGGUGUAGCGAAUUAAUUUUAGGCGCUUAUAUAGGCAACAUAAACCAAUCAACAGCAGUUGUGUUGAAGAAUUUUGUAGCUGGAAAUUUCAAGGAAAAUAAUUUUUAGACCAAGGGACUGAAGGGAACAGUUUAUAUGAAAAGAUGCAACUAUAAGCCGUCUGGCAGGAAGUGAAGCUCCAGUCCUGCGAUUCCCGUGCAAUGUUAGGUUAAUAGUGAGUUUAAGAUACCCCGGUUUCGGUGUACGGAUACGGGUAGUGUCAUCUUGUUUACUAGUUUUUACUGAUGUCUGUAAAUCAAUCAUACUUUUUCUGUUUUCUUGCAAUAGACAAUGAUAUAAUGCGAAAAAUGUGCACCUUAAUUACGAGUAAAGGUACAGACAUCGACAGAAAUAUUGCUAACCAAAAUCAUGCUACCCGUACACGUACAUCGAAACCGGGGUAUCUUAAACUCACUACUCUUUAGUUUCUGGUCCGCCGCCCGCAUCCUUUCUCCGUAAAGUAUUAUUUCAGGACUAUUUUGUUAUUUAUAAUUAACUUCUAGUUCUUGAAAAUUUUCGCGAAGGAUUUAACUUAUAGAACGAUAAAUAGUCAAUAGAGAGAUCCAGCAAAAUGUAGUAUUGAAUAGUAAAAACCGCUGCCUUAUCGAGAUCACGAGGUAAAAAAACUAGAAAUAUUAAUAGAUCAUUUUGAUAUGUAAAAUCCUUUGUAAUCUGUCGUACAUGUCGAUUUAUAAAUAAUAUAAAUGCAAUUUAUGUAAAAUUUCAUAACAUUUUGACACAAUUAGCAUGAAAAGGGACAAGAAAGACCACAAAAAUGUGGGCAAAACCACAAUUGUAAUUAUGUCCUAUAGUCCUAACCACCCGCCCGCCCGCGUCGUAAACGAAGGUAAGGCCGGACCAGAAACUAAAGAUUAACUUGUAGUGGCCUUAGGGACCUUUACGGCGACGGCUAUUAAUGGGCUAUUACAUUUAAUGCCCGUACCCCCUGUCGAGGACCUCAUUUUCCAAGGGGGAAAUUAGUAAUUUUUUCCAGAGGGGUAAUUGGGAAAAUGGAAGAAAAAUGCUCUUUCCAGAGGGGUUAAAAAGCAAAAAUGCACUUCCAGAGGGGGUUCAAGUCUCUUCCAGAGGGGUCAAUUACACAGAUUUUUUUGCAUUCCAGAGGGGUAAAAUCCCCAAAAGCAGAGGUCCUCGACAGGGGGGGUUGGUUUUUUUAUGUAAUAGCCCAAUACAAUGAAAUUUAUGACAGUGUAGAGAGAAAAUGCAUAAUUAAAGGUCCCAUGGGAGUUCUAGACGUCGUCCUUGCUCUGUUUACAACAGCAAACCAAAGAUUUUCACGUUUUGUACACAACGUCUGCCUUUCAAGCCGCGAGAAGUCGUCCUCGCCAAAUUGGACUAAUUGGCUUAGUAGAGAUCGAAGUCUUCUCAACUAUAAAUCUCUGUCUUGACCUUCUUAAAUUGCAAUAAAUUCACACAACGGAUAAUACAAGACAUGUUGAUCUUAAAGUUACUCAUUCGAACGAGUUUAUUUUGGUCGUCGCGUUGCCCUCACCUAUUUGCUAAAGGUCCCUAAUCUGACCACAGAGGGGCGGGGGUAAUUUACAGAAUGCAGAACGUGACUUCUGUAAUUUUGCUCAACUUUUUACAGGGUUAGGACCCUAACACUUUCGGACAGCUUUUAUGUAUCACCGCUGAGCGAAAUUGCAUUCUGCAAAUUACCCCAACACCUCAGCAGUCAGAGCAUUGCACCGGAAUCGCAGGGCUGCAGGUUCAAUUCCCGCCAAACGGCUUAAAAUUCCCCUUGCCGACCACCGAGCUAUUUAUGAAUUACCUUCGCCGACCACUGAGCUAUAGGGUCCAGCCCGACUGGAAGGUUGGAAAUUGCACGGCCGAGAUUUCGAAAAUUUAAUAGCAAAUAUAUAGAAAGCAUCAAAAUUGCACAGCCGAUAAAGUUCAUGUAUAUACUAGCUAGGGUGAUGCCAGUGUGUGUCGUUAUAAGGGUGAAUAUAUAAUAUUCUGGGCAUCAGUUUGGUAGAACAGAAUUUUGAAGUUUUCCUUGUAUCCCUAUCAACUUGCAGCUUUCACCGAAAUGGUUAAUAUAGUCGUACUUUGUUAUUUAUUUACUAGGUUGAAAACUUAGAUAUUGUAUCUGGAGAUUUUUAUUGCAAGAGUUCAAUCACAAAUCACUCAUGCAUGUUACAUACAAGCAAUCCAUUGGCAAUAUGUUACAACAUGGGUGACAAAUGCUAUGGAUUUACAUAUAACAUUGGGCCAAGAACAUCAACAUUUAAACAAGGUACCACUGGAAAACCAAAGUUUACUCUGGGAAUUGCAACGGUUUAUAAGAAUAAGUUUAAGGAUCUGUUGAUGUUAAAGGAAACAGAGGACUGUGCUCCAAUAGUGGUGAGUGUCAUGCAUGUUAGUUUGUUACCGGUAUAUUUAAAAUGGAUGCAUUGCCAUUGAUGAUGGUGAUAAUGAUGGUGGUGAUGAUGGUGGUGAUGAUAACUGUGGUAAUGAUGGUGCUGCUGAUGGUUAUAAUAAUGGUGAUGGUGGUGGUAAUGGUGGUCAUGAUGUGAUGUGGUGGUCAUGAAAGUGUUGAUGGUAGUCCUGAUGGUGGUCAUGAUGGUGAUGUGGUGGUCAUGGAAGUGUUGAUGGUGAUCAUGAUGGUGAUGUGGUGGUCAUGAAGGUGUUGAUGGUGAUCAUGAUGGUGAUGUGGUGGUCAUGAAGGUGUUGAUGGUGAUCAUGAUGGUGAUGUGGUGGUCAUGAAAGUGUUGAUGGUGAUCAUGAUGGUGAUGUGGUGGUCAUGAAGGUGUUGAUGGUGAUCAUGAUGGUGAUCAUGAUGGUGAUGUGGUGGUCAUGAAAGUGUUGAUGGCGAUCAUGAUGGUGAUGUGGUGGUCAUGAAGGUGUUGAUGGUGGUCAUGAUGGUGAUCAUGAUGGUGAUGUGGUGGUCAUGAAAGUGUUGAUGGCGAUCAUGAUGGUGAUCAUGAUGGUGAUGUGGUGGUCAUGAAGGUGUUGAUGGUGAUCAUGAUGGUGAUCAUGAUGGUGAUGUGGUGGUCAUGAAAGUGUUGAUGGUGGUUUUGGUGAUAGUGUUAAUGAUGAUAAGCAACUCCACAACUGAAUGUUUUGCAAUUAAAAAGUCCAAUUCACAUAGUUUUCCUCCUUAAGAACAGGUAACAGCAAGUUUAAGCAAAGUUUCUUAUAGGAAAGAAAGCAUAAAGACAACAGCAAGGCAUCAAAUAAGAUAUGCAACAUCCCAGAAAUUGAUCCAUUUGAUUCCACAGUUAUGGAAAUGAUAAAGAAAGUUCCACCACUGGUUUGCAAAGGAGAAAAGAAUUUGACAUUUUAUCAUAAUGGAAAACUCAUGAUAACACCAGGUAAAAUUCCCAAUGAAUACCCUCCUGGAUACAAAUCUACAUAUUAUUACUUGCUUCCCGCAUCUGUACUAUAAUGGUCCAUUCACGUGAUAGCUCUAUCAAUUCCUAAAUUCUAUUACAGGAGGAAACCUAAACUAUGUUUAUUUGUAUGUACAGUUUAGCCCUAGACUAUCUUUUCUUAAAAGAUCAUACACUAACCUACUAGGACACUAUGUUUAAACACAGAUUUGGCACAAAAAGUACUCAAUUGCUCGGUGGGAAAUGUUUUUCUCCCAAGAAGAAAAUGAUUUUUUCCAGCCCUGCUAACCAUGCACCAAUGUGUUGUAGGUGGAAAAUCAAAGGUGAAGAAAGUGAACUACAAGGUCAUACGGCUUCUAAGUAACUCAGGUCAGGGUUUCGAUAUUCACAAAACUGGCAGCCUAACCCCGUCCAACCCUGUGGUAACCCUUAACGAAGAAAUGAUCUAUGCUGAGAUUGAAAAAACUGACAAUGAUGAUGUUCAGAAAGAAUUUCAUAUGGAAAUCAAUCCUCGUGAAGAAGUACUACAUAGAGUACCCAAAGCUAAACCAGGGAUACCGCUAAACGUUAUGAUGGUGGGCUUAGAUUCGACGUCUCAUGCUCACUUCCAGCGUAAACUGGGUCCCAUAUACAAGUAUAUGAAAGAGGAGUUGAAAUCCCAGAUGUUCGAUAGUUAUUCAAUCCUUGGUGAUGGUACAACAGUGGCGCUCAUUGGGAUGUUAGUUGGAAGACAUUUUGAUGAGUUGCCCGAGGGAAGAAGAGGGUAAGCUUUUGUUUGAGAAUUUUUUUCCAUUUCCACUCGACAAUAUUUUCCUCGGAAAGAAACAUUUGUAAAAUGUUAUUUUGGCCGGCAUAAAUUUUUCAUCGGAAAAAAAAUUUUGAAGUUGAAAAUUUUCAACAUUUGACAAUGACGUGAAAAUUUUCCACAGAAAUAAAAUUUUGUAAAGUUUGAUGGCAACCGUAAGCCGACAGCUGUCACAACUUGUCAUUCUAAAUGUCGCGUUAUUAUCUUAAUAUAGAAAGUUUUCUGCGCGAUGUCUAGACCGCUGGCCAUGGAUAUUCAAGGACAUGCAGGCUCAUGGUUAUGCAACAUAUUACAACGAAGACGAAGUAUUCAACGGAGCGAUCACCACACGCCUCAAAGGAUUCUGUAAACCACCCAUUGACCACUACCUCUUACCAUUCUGGUACGCUGCUUUGGAGACAUACGCCACCACGUAUCAAAAAGUAACGGGCACUAUUAGUUACAUAAAAGGCCAUUGUCUGGGCUCCCAAGCGAUAUACAAUGUCAGUUUAAACAGCAUCAAGAGUUUCUUCAACGCAUACCCGAAGAAAUUAAAAUUCGGCUUUCAUAUGAAUUCCGAUUUCUGUCACCACGAGGAUUUCAAUUUCAUAUCUUUGGUGGAAGAGGAUUUGUUAAAAUUUCUAAAGUAUUUUAAGAACGAAGGUAUUCUUAAUAAUACCAUCUUAAUUUUGUUUGGUGAUCAUGGCUUGCGUUAUGGAUUCGUCCGUUCCACCGUAUUGGGUCGCAUGGAGGAAAGACUUCCUUUUCUGUCCAUUACUUUUCCACCAUGGUUUGAGAAAACUUAUCCUGAAUUGUAUCAGAAUUUGAAGAAAAAUACCGAGGUGUUGACUACACCGUUUGACCUGCACGCCACGUUUCAGCACAUGCUGUCCUACCCACGGGGACCCGAGGGGUUGCCUCACGGCAAGAGCUUGUUUACUGAUAUAGGCUGGAGGACCUGCGAGCAGGCUGGAAUACCUUUUCAUUUCUGCCCGUGUGUCGACUGGAGUGAAGUAGAGGUAAUUAAAAUAAUCAGCAUGAGCUAGACCUUUGAAUUUACUAAAUGAGUAAAUUGUUAAACACGUCCGAAAUUAUCAAUACAUAACUAACUUAUUGGGAUAGAUGAACCUAACCCCAACUCUAACCCCUAACCCUAAUAUAAUCUUAAUCUAACCCUAUUCUAAUCUUAAUCUGACACUAAUCUAAACUUGAUGACCUUAAUAUUGUUAUUCCAAUGAGUUUCACAGCCAUCUUCACUUCGAUAGGCUAUGUGUUGACACAGGCACAUGAUAACCUGGCGAGGGUGAAUAUACACACAUUAAAGCAACCUCAAUAUCUCCAGACUGAAAGGGGAUAUCGAAAAAGUUAAAAAUGUUAUGCUAAAUUCUUCCUGAUAAAACGUUAAUUAGAGUAACGUAACGUUAAUUAGAAUAAUUAAUUAGAGUAAAGGAAAUGUUGUUUCAUGUGCGAUUUAAACUGUUUUACCAACGUGUCCAAACCCAUACAUUCACAGGUGGACAAUGAGGACGUCAAGAACGGUGCAUUGGCUGUGGUUGAAAUGAUGAAUGAAAGAUUGACGAGUAAUGGUGUUGGAACGAAAUGCGCCAAAUUAGAAUUAAAACGCGUCAUUUCCGCUCUUCUGAUCACUUCCAAAGUUGAAGAAAAAAAGGAAAACAUCAAUGCAGGACAACGGUUUACUAUAAUCAAGACUUUGGAAGGUAAAGAUCUAGAGUUCAAUGAAAGUUAGGACAUACGAGUUGACUUGAGUUUAUCCUUCAUAAGGUCCAUUUACACUACACAACUUUUGCCCAAAACUGUUUCAUGUAACUUGCUUACAUCUUGAGUUGUACUGUGUAAAUCAAGCACACAACUCAUAUGCGACAACGUUAAGUGAGUUGUAUGUUUGAUUUACACAGUACAACUCAAGUUGUAAGCAGGUUGCAUGCGACAGUUUUGGGGAAAUGUUGUGUUGUGUAAAUCGGGCUAUAUAAGCAUGAAAAGCAGGGUUAAUUCAGAAUAAUUAGUCAUUAUUUUGUGAUUUAUCUCUGGUGUCUAGGUGGAUGUAUGUAUCAACUUCAACUGGAAACCUCGCCAAAUAACGGAGUCUACGAAUCUACGGUGCAACUGAUCAGCGGCAUUCCCAAGGUCAAUCAACAAUUAAGCCGGGUGAACGAGUACAAUGACCAAUCAGAUUGCAUAAGAAAGACACAUCCAUUACUAAGAGAGUUUUGUUUCUGCCAUGGUGCCAGUGCAUCAAAAACGUAAAGACGAUCCCUUCUAGUAAAGCAAACCUAUAUUUUUCACCAGUUUCAGGCCCUUCGCGACCUUCAGUACCUUCCGGUCAUUCACUCUAAAUGGAAAACGCAUAAUCCGAAUGGGAUUUUCUAUCCGAAGUAUUCCUUACCAUUAGCACAAUUUCAAACCGAAUGGGUUUUCCAUGUAAAUAGUAAACAACCAUUACUACCUGAAAAAAGACAAGCAGAAACUCAACGUUUCGAGCGAAGGCCCUUCAGCUCAAAACGUUCAGUUUCUGCUUGUUUCUUUCAGGUAGUAAUAUAACCACUCAGCACAGCAAUUUAUCAAUAUUGCAUUUGUUUCAUUGGUGAAGCUGGUUUUUCAUGUAAUAUAUGAACAACGAGAGCGAGUGUUUCACCGGGAUAUCCAAACACGAGAAAACAAUGUAUGAAAACACAAGCGCGAGUCAUACAUUGUUUUCGAGUGUUUGGAUAUCCCGGUGAGACACGAGCUCGAGUUGUUUAUAUGGCUUCUCAAAUGGAUCGAGACGCAACAGAAUGUUUUCGUUUGCUGAUUUGAAUAGAAUUCUUAACCAAGCAGAUCGUAAUUAGGAAUUCUAUUCAAGUAAUUUUGCAUGCGUAAUUAAGAUAUUUGAUGAAAAUUUCAUCAAGUUUCACCGGGUUAUCCCAAAUGCAUCUUGUGGUCAAAUAGGUGAUUAUCAUUGGCUGAAUUGCUCAUGAAUUAUUAAUAAAUUUGAGAAAGUGACAUGAGCCCUUUGCAUCUGAUUUAGUUUCUCUAGAACGUUUUUCAGCGAAUAUUUAUAUGAUGGAAAGGCCUCAUUCCACAGAAUAGUUUUCUAAUAUUUUGAUGAAAAAUAUUUUGAUAUUUUAAUUAGAAUUUUGAUUUAUUUAAUUAAUUAGAUAAUGAAUUAUUUAAUGUAGAUGCGUGAAAAGGCGAACAAUUGAGAGGUUCAGAUUUGACUACAUUACCACUGACUAAGCUUAAUACGCAUUUCAUUGGUUAAUCGAGUAGAUGAAACACAUCUGAUUGGUCAAUGAUAGCGGAAGUCAAAAUCUGAACCACUCUAUUAUUGCGGAUGAGACAAUUCAAUUAGCCUUUCUCACGUCGCCAUUUUUGGGUGGCAUUUCAGCUAAAGUCUGUGCGAUAAGUCCACAUAACAGCGACUUUUUAUAUUUUUUUGACGAAUAAUGGUAAAUUUGCUUUGUAAAUGGUUAGUUUAUUUUGAAAAAUUGCUUCUCACAUUGUUUUAAUUGUCUGCAUUGGUUGACGAGAAUUGGAUGCCACUCAAAAAUGGCGGAUAUUCGUCAUCGUGAGAAAGGCCAAUUACAUUGUCCGUGCGCAACCAUGCAUAGUAAUAAGGACUUUAUUUUGAUAUUGCCUUGAAUAUUUUUAUUGUACAACAUUGUCAUUGUUAUUCCUCAUUAGUCCAAUUAAUAACAAAUAUUUUGAUAAUUUUCGGUUGUAAAGAAAAAACAAAAUUUCAUCUAGGCACAAUCAAUCGAGGUUUGGUCUGAAAGUUCGACAAACUUCAAAGCGUCUAUAAUAACUACGAUUUUAUGUUGAGACGCUUUGUACAAUUUUGCCGAUAAACGUGAUCAGUAAGAUAAAACAAGCCAUCGUCAUUGCUUCACAAUGCGAGUUAUGUUACAAUGCAUGCUUGUAAAUACGCCUCCAAGGAGAACCUCGCUUCAGGAUUCCUGCCAACACUUCCGCGUCUUGACAUUUGCCUUUCGAAAGACCUUAUUAAACAUUUUGUCCGUGCGAUAAUUUGAAGAAAAUCAUCCAAAUCAACACAGCCAUUCUUGUUCGCAAACCUCCGAGCAUAAAUAUCGAUCGUCUUUUGUGUGAUGUUAAAAUCCGGAACUUCUUUUAAUGCUCGAUUGAGUUCUCUUUUAUUCAUAUCAAAGCUCUUGUCCGUGUCGUAUUUCUUGAAUAUACCAUACCAAGCUUUCAAAUCUUUCCAAAGUUUAGAAAACUCGUCAAACUCAACACAAAAACUGCAGUCCGUGUCGUACAACAACAACAAACUUCGACAAGUCUCCAAAUUAAACUUAUAUUCACCAAGGUCGCGCCGGAAACACGUCUGAAGUAAGGUCUGUAGUUCAAAGGCAUCCACAACCCCAUCUUCGCCAGCGACUUUCUCGAAAAUUUGAAGAAUAAUUUGAUCCUUGCUGUCCACAUGUAUUCUACGACUGCGACGUCGCUGGGACUCGGGAAUGACUUGAAAAUUGUAGAAAUUGAGCGCCAUUUUGUAGCGCGAAGCAAGCUCUCGUUUUGUACUUUUGUACUAGUUUCUGUGGCACGGUUGACAGAUGUAAUGAUAAUUUGUGAUGUUGGUGUUUUGGUUGUAACAGCAGAGAGCGUGGGUUAGCGGAAAUUACGUCAUAAAAGGUCAAGUUCCUUUGAUACAUAUGUCGCUCCCUUUCUAAGACUUUACCAUGUAUGGUAAUAGUAUUAUGUACAACUUUAUAACCAUAUAAGUAAUAUUUACAUAUAUAGUGCCUGGGAACUUUCGUCUCCGCAGAGUUUUCCGUGAUUUUCCUUAUUUUUACGCGAGGAUCCGCUGACGAGUGUGUUUGCGGACGCAGUGAGCCUGGAUCCAAAUUUUUAGAGGACAACUAUCUCUAAAUAUUAAUAACUAAAACUUUCAUAUAUUAACUAUAAACAUACGUGACCAGUGUCGAAUGUUCAUCAUUGUCGCAUUGUGGGCGUCGAUGAGAUACUUGAGAUUACUGAACUUUCAUCAAAACUUGACGUCGUAUCACAACUGUGCGAGGUUGAUGCCAAUCUGUCUAGUAUUGUCGUGGCUUGCGAGGUUGUACGAGAACUAUCAUCCAGUAAUUGUCGUAGUAAUGACUCAGACAGAAUACC